AGCAUCAUGUACCCAGGCAGACAUCAGGAAAGCCAAGAUGUGCACAGACAACCUCAAGAAUGCAUUUCACACAAACAGUUCCGCUCACUCACUCAUCAGCCAGAUAGAUGAGAACAAGGUUAUUAGUGCCUGUGGAAACGGCGACCUUCUGACGGCCAUCAACUGUAUCGAGAGAGUGGUGGAACAAUGCAAGCACGCCAACACGGACACGGCCCACUACUUUCUGGGGAUGGUUGACGUGGAGAAAGCCAGGAGAACCGUUAAUUUUUUCUGUACUAACGUCAAAGUGUACACAGCCAACGCUAAAUGUAUCGCUGACAAUCACAAUGAACAGAACAGUUGUGCCGCGGAGGCCAAGAAGAACUUUGACACUCAAGCCAAGGCAACUAAAAACAUGGAUGUUUUGAUGAGAUUUCAGUGCAUAUUCUUCCAUGAGGUGGUCAAGUGUGUAGACAAAGUACUGACCCAGAAAUGUUCAAAUGAGGCAGCAGACAUUGUCAAGACUGUCCUUGUAGGAUUCGAACCUCCUGUCUGUAGCACCAUCUCCGGGGGAAGUACAGCAGAAAGAGCGGGAACUUAUGAUGUGCAAAGUGAUGCCAGAUACGAUAACAGAAACCAGGCAUCAAGUUGCCAGUUGAAAUUAAAUGUGUUGCUUGUUCUAUGUUCUUUAAUCUCAGCACUAAAAUUUUUGAUGUUUUAA